AUGCGCAGCUUGGAGCAGGACUAUUUCAUCACGCCGUGCUACGUGAUGACCCCAUUCCAGUCACAACAGAUGUUUUUUGUGCACCCCGAGUCCCUGAACUACGCGCCUGCAGAUGCCAAGUUCACUGCGCUUCAUCAGAUCCGCCACCUGCGAUGCUUCUACCACGGCCACAGUAGCUAUAUCACAGCCACCCCUCUGCCAAGCUUCGCGGACGAUGAGAAAUUGAACAGCUCCUGGUUACGGCUUCGAUCGCCGACCGAAGAGGGAAUCGACACCGUGCACUCAUGGAAGGAGGGGUUACAGUCGAUUGCAUUCUUCUUGCGGGCCGAGAUCUUCAAGGCUUUGGAGCCGGGAACAUACGUCGAAGUCGACGCUUCCUGUAAGAGCGCCGAUUGCGCAGGCAAGCUUGGCAAAGUCUUGCUUGCAGCGGAGCGAAGUACUGAAAAUGCGGACCUCCUGAUUCAGCUCGAUGGCGUGGCUGAACCAGUUCGCAUUGAAUCCGUGGCCCUGAAGAUCUAUCCAAGGUACGUCCAGUAUUUGACCUUAGCCGAGAUGUCCGAGCUGGUGAGAUUUCAGCUGGCCCUUCUUGCACUGGCAGCAGGCAGUAAUGUCGAUUUUCCCACAGUGACUGAGAUCUGCGAUCGAGUUGCAAAGGAACCUCGAGAGGUGCCCGAGGCCGUGAGGCUCCUCGCUGGUGCCUUUGCCGAGAAGGGUGGCCUGCCCAGGAGGAAGCUCAAGGCCCUCACCAUUAUGAACGAGCUCCUUUACGACAAAAGGGCGGAGGCUGAGCUUCGGCAAGUCCACGGCGUGCGCGAUGCCCUGUGGACCCUACAGACAACCUCCAACAGUGGGCUUGGUCCGGAAGCAGAUGAGCAGAUCCGCAUGUUUGCCACAGAGGUGGAGAAAAAAUGCUUCGGAGCCUCUGGUGAUCCCUUUGCGGAUCCCUUCACGCUGCCAGUGGUAAAUUCCGUUCCUGCUCCGGCCCCGUUGGGGGCACUUUCGCCGGCCAAAGACUCCAUGAAAGACGUGGGCUCUUCGAUGCUAGGCGCCUUGUGGCAGGUCGGUUCCCAGAUGACCUCAGCGGUCAAAGCAACCGCUCCGCGGGUCGAGAUCCCGAGAUUUGCCAUGAGGCCCGGGGCGUCUCGCCCCAACCUGGACGUCAGCUUCGAGGGUGUGCUGCCUGGCGAGAAGGUUCACAACGCAUUUAAUCCGUCAGUGUUGCUGAUCAACAAACCCUUUCGUGAGGUCCAGGGCCGACUGCUGAUCUCGAACUACCGGCUAAAGUUCCAAGUUCCCAAAGGGACGUGGAAGGACAACUUGGCAUGGAUCGGCGAGAAGCAGUUGCUUGACAUCCCUUUGGGACUCGUAGAGGUCCUUGAGCUGGAGGCUCCCACGUCCCAGGCGGGAGCCCAGCAGUGGCGGUUGGUGGUGUCCACGAAGGACUUCCGCAGCAUCGUGGUUCUGCUUCCGACCGGGAAGGACUUGGGGGAGGCUGAAGAGGCCAUCCUCGCGCUGUCCCAGCCAGGUCCAGCUUACACUUCUGCCCUCUUCGCCUUCCAGCAUGCCGCCUGUCUGCAAACUGGGAGACGAGAUGACGGCUGGAGUCUCUUUGAUCCCCGAAUGGAGUUCGAGAGGAUGGAAGUGGAAGCGUCCCCUUCGUCUGCUUCUGGCUGCCCCUGGCUGCUGAGUAGCGUCAAUAGUGCCUACCAGCUCUGCGACACAUAUCCUGCGUUCCUGGCGCUACCGCGCUGCAUCAAGGAUGAGGAGCUGCGCAACGUUGCAAGCUUUCGGAAACGAGGCCGUUUGCCGACCAUGAGUUGGUGUGGCGGGCAUACGCGCAGCUUCGCCUCACUCUGGCGUUGCUCGCAGCCUACGGAGGGGCUUAUGGGCAACAACUGCCAGUCUGAUGAGAAGAUGCUAUAUGCCAUCAGGCUUGGUGCCACUGCUGGACGCAACCGCGAGCUGCUGGUGCUGGAUCUGCGGCCCAGGACAUUGCAUGAGACCGGAAGAAGAAACGGUAGGGAUGGCUCGGUUUCACUGUGGCCCAGGUGA